AUGACUCGAUCUCAAUCGUUUAUAGAUUUACUAAGUACAAAUUUGGCUUAUUUAUUUCAUAAUUAUUUAUUUGUUAAAAAUAAACAAACAUGUUCACAUAAGUUAUCAUCGAAUAAAACUUUAAAUUUAGUAAAAAAAGUUCGUAUUAAUAUAAAUAAAUAUGGUCAUUUAUUAAAUUCAAAUUGUUCUCAAGAAAUAAAAAAUAAUAACAAUAAUAAAUUAAUAAGUAAAGAUAUUGCAUUAAAGAGAAAGAAAAAAUCGAAAAAAACGAAGAUACGUGAUCAAGAAAAGAAACGACAAUCAGAAAAGAUGAUUUCUAUACAAUCAAGUGUACCAAGAAUAGACUAUCAUCAAUCAUCGAUGAUUAGUCGUGUGUCAUCUUCUACUUCAUCAAUAUUAUCUGAUAUACAAAUUCUUGAGCAAAAUAAUAAUUCGAUUGAUUCUACUUUAUAUAUAUCAGAUCAAUGUCGAGAAAAAAUGCAAUUUCUCUAUAAUAUGGGACCAAUAGUGAAUAAAAAUUAUAUUAAUACACAUCAUUUAUCAAAUGAAUUAGAUUUAAUUAAAAAUCGCCAACAUAAAAAAAUGAAUGAAUAUUCUACAAAUUUAAAACCCGAACAACUUUUUCGUUGUCCAAAAGAUUCAAGAUCAAAACGACGAAAAUGUUGCGGAGUAUAUUAUGAAUUAUUCAAUGACGCAUUACGUUUACUCGAAGAAUGGUUUACUAUAAAAUAA